AUGGUUGCCGGGGAUCAUGGACCCGAAACAAGCUAUGAAGAGCGCGCAGAGCGGCGGUUACAAGUCGUCUACUCCAAACAAACAAAAGAACGGCAAGUCUUUAUGCAAGAGUUGAAGGAAUUGCGCAAACGGAGGGACAAGAAAAUCUUAAAGACCGUUAGAGACUUGAUCGGUCCCAGGUGGUACCAAGCUUUAAGCGUACCCCAAAGAGAGGCUUUAGAUUCUCUAGAAUUUUCCAUCUAUCAAGAUCUUCUUGAAGGAAAGCCAGUUCGCAGUGCCAACGUAAUGAGACGUUUAGGCCUUUAUCCGCGCCCAAACGAAGGCGACCUCAUGAAUUGUCUUUACCUUGGCCGUAAGGAUCCGAAAGAAACGCUAGCUCAGCUUUUUUACGUGACCUAUGGACAUCCCAUUGAUGGCAAGCAGCUAUCAUAUGCCCUUAAUGCAAGACUAAUGCUUUCGGCCAUACUUUACUUAGGGCUAAACAAUCUCUUAGAGUUACUAAAGAAACGUUUUCAAGCGGACCCAGAAAAGAAGAAAAGUAAACAGAAGCCUAUACCUAAAUCAAAACCUGAACUGAAAUCGCCAUACUUGCAAGAUAUGAUCGCAGUUCUUUACUCACCACCAAGAAGGAAACCUUUUAAGCCCAAACCCCUUCCCAAUUUAGAAGAUUUGAAUGAGCCGUAUGAGGAAGAACCUCCGAUCAUGAGACCACCACCACCUGUUCCUCCACCACCGCCUCGAAAAAAGAGAAUUCCACGUGCUUGUUGUGAUAGAAUGGCAGGAGUAAUGAAUAUUGAACCACACUCAUCGAUAACCGCAGUCACAAUGAAAACAGUAACACGAACGAGUCGACAUCACAAGACACGAGGGGGAUCAAAGUUUAGUGUGACUGAAGUUAAGAAAACUUACGGUAUUAGUAUGAGUAGACCAAAACGUGGUCGUGGUAGAAAGAAAGUUAAUGCACCUAGUACUGGUAUAUGGAAUUCUCAGUACAUGAUCACUGGAGUGCACCAAAUUAAUGGGAAGCCGGUGUUCGUGCUAGCAAACGUCACAAUAUUACCUGCUAUGGGUGAACUUAUACAUGGUGGUUAUCGUUAUAUCGGAGGAGAAAGUAUUAACAUAAACAGCGGCAUUAGAGGAUGGCCACCACCGGCUAAGUCUCAACCAUGCGAGUGUCUUCAUAAAUGGCAAUCGGUAGCGCUUGACUAUGUUAAAAGUACUAAAUGUCACUGCGGUCAUCACUACGACUACGGUAAUGAAGGAGUAUUCCCAGCAGAAGAAUUACCAUUUUUCCAAAAACCCACGCGUCACGCACCUUAUAAAUUUAAUUACGAAACAAUUUAUGACUUGGACGAGAAACAUCUUCAUGUCGAGAAGGAAUUUAAACGAAUUUGGGAAACUGACAGCGCUUUGUGCGUUCCUGAUCCUAACAUUGUAGCAAAGAAAGAAAAAAAGAAGAAGAAAACCAAGAGAUCUUCAGCCACAUGUUUAGGACAAAGUCCUAAACCAGAAGAUUAUUUACGGUGUGCACUGCGACAAAUGAGAAAAAUCAAUAUAGCGGCUAGAUUGCCUGAUAUACAUCUCGUUCCAGAGUUAAAAGAAUGGAUGCGCUAUAGAAUCUACGGUCCAUACACAGCAGCAGACAAGAAGGAAUACUUGCGUCAGAGUUCAAUUUAUUGGCAGAUGUUUUUAACAUUAGCAGCAAAGGGUUACGGUCACGUUGACACACCUAGGGAUCCAAUAUACUCUGGGCACACGACAUGGGUACAUAAACAGGCAUUGAAUGAUAAGUUCCGUAAGUUUACUCAAAGGUACAAGUUACAACUAUUCAGAUCACUGGCUAAUGUCAAUAAUAUGCUUUGGCCAACGAUGAACCAAGCGCAGUUUCCUGACAAGAAAUUUCGUGAAAUAUUCUUUUCGUAUUUGUUUAGUCGGAUAGAAGAUUUGCAGUUAAUGCACCCGUACAGUUCUAAAGAGGCGAUAGAACGUAAAUUCAAAUUAGCGAAAAAGCGAUACAUAUGUUUGCCAGCCGGAAUCGAACCAGAGGAGUAA